GCGAAUGUGGUUAAUGUAAUUUUUAAGGUUAGAGGCUGUGGUUAAAAGAUUUAAGAAAUUUAUAUUGUAGAAUAUUGGAGCUAAUAAGAGAUUUAAUAGAAAUUUUGUAAAAAAAAAAUAUUUAUAUAUUUUAUUAUUCUACAACAACAAAUUCUAACUAUUUAUUUACUAUAAUUCCUAUCGGAUAAUGAAAAUAUUGAUGCUUUCUAAAAAUCUUCACUAGGCGAUCCUACUUCCUAUGAUCCGAUUUAAAUUGUUGACUUGUUAUAUUUGAAAUAUAACUUAGCAUAUGAUGGAAAUGCAAAAACUACAAACAGUUGAUUACGAUAAAUCUUUAGAAUACUGGGCAGAAAUCCCUGCAACAUUAGAUGGUGUUCUUGGUGGAUUUGGUUUCAUAUCUGAUGUUGAUAUUUCGGGAUCUCAGCAAUUUUUAGAAUCAUUAUUUCUGUUAGAAAAAGGUCCCCGUAAAGAGAUUGCACUAGAUUGUGGAGCAGGUAUUGGAAGAAUUUCAAAGAACCUUUUAGUGCCUUUUUUUAAUAGAGUGGAUGUAAUAGAACCAGAUAAAAAGUUUUUGAGUGAAAUAUUAAACUAUGUUGGUGCUGACAGCUACAAAAUUGGGGCGUUAUAUCAAAAUAGUUUGCAAGAUUUUAACCCAGAAAGAAAAUAUGAUAUUAUUUGGAAUCAAUGGGUAUUAGGGUAUUUAAAAGAUGAUGAUUUAGUUAAAUAUUUGAUUAAAUGCAGGAAUGCAUUAGCAGAUAAUGGAAUUAUUAUUGUUAAAGAGAAUGUUACUUCAUCCGGUAAAGUAGAAGCUGAUGAAGUGGAUUCAUCAAUCACAAGGCCUCUUAAACAAUUUAUUCAAAUAUUUAAAAGUGCCAAUUUAAAAAGAAUAAAACAAUGUAAACAAACAAAUCUUCCUAAUGGAAUAUAUCCUGUGUACAUGUUUGCACUAGUUCCAAUAAAUGAGAAUACAAUAUAGUCAUAUCUUGUAA